AACCGCUUUAGAAUUAAUUUAGGUAUUCCGUACUACCUGAGAAAGGUGAAUAUUACAACUAACUUCUCAGCAAAUGUGUUUGUACAGCUGUUCUUCAAGUGCUUAGAAACUGGGUUAAUAGAUCUCUUCUAAAGGCAUAUGAAACUUUCUAUAUGAAAUCAUAUUUAGGCCUUGGUUGCAACCCAAAUCUAUGUUAACACCCCCUAACAAGUAACCACGUACAAGAAAAGCACCUCUAAAACCCAUUUUCGAUGCACGCCAUACGACAUACAUCUCACUCCUAAGUCUUUGCGAUAUAUUCCAAUUCGCUCCUGAUUAACUAGAAACAUUCCAAUCAAUCCAAAGGUCUCUCAGCUCCCAAAAUGGCUCCAUCCAAAAAACCGUUGUCCCAUAAAGAGAUUUGGGAUGAUUCGGCCCUCAUAGACUCGUGGAACGACGCGCUAAAAGAAUAUGAGAAAUAUCAUAGUAUCCAUAGGAAUGGAGGCAACGUGGAAGACCUUCUAAAGUCCGACGAAACAACUCCAGAUGCCAAGAACGAGACUGAAAAGGCUCAUCCCCUCGAAGCUGAUUCCGAAAUGGGAGUUGAAGCUACUGAUGGAAGACAAGAGAGCGGAACGUCGACUUCCCAGCACAGCCACCCGCUUGGUGGAGGUCCCGGUCCUGGAGGGCUACUAGGUUCAGUGCGUGACGAAGGCCUCAAAAGACUAUUGAUGUCGUGGUAUUAUGCAGGCUACUACACAGGCCUUUACGAAGGCCAGCAGAACCAGACUCAGCAACAAGCAUCUGAAUAGAGAAUAGAGGUGAACGGGAAACUUUAGAGAUCUCAUAACUCUAAUCCUGAAUCUAGUUAAAAUCGUUGAUGGGAUUCUUGGUGAGAUCGACUUGACAGGGCAGGGAUCUGCAACGUUAGAUGUUACAGGCUCUUGUGACGAUAACGUCACAUACAUAGCUUAAAUUCUGCGAGUGUGCGACGAAUUAUGCACCAGUUCCCAUCCAUAAGGAAUAGUACAACGUAAUACUACAAAUUACGGAAUGUUAAUUGGAGGAGCAAGACGAAGAGACAAAUUUGAGGCUACCAUUACGCUCUUGAUGAAGAUCAUGGCCUGAUUUCUCCUUGCUUUGGGGUUGCGAUUAUCAGCCUAGCCAUGGAAUGCUCGUUUUCAGCUUUAUUGAGAGGGAAUAACUCCUAUUGAUACCACUUCCUUUUAGAGGCAUCGUGAAAUACGUGCUAAUAAAAACAUUGUCUUUUCUAAUACUAUUCAUGGAGUCUAAUUGAUAUAAUAAUCCGUAUUAGCG